GGUUCACGCGGUUUUCGACUCUGCACCGUUCUGCCAAACUUUCCCCCGCUCACGCACACGCAGGCCUCGGUACCUUGUUGACCCCAGUCUCCGCAAGGCUCUGCAGCCAUCCUCGAUAUCAUUAGCGGAGGGUUACAGGUUUAAUAGGCGAUCGGCACGUCGCAUCUCGUGUUUUCCGCCGCAAAGGGAUGAAUCUGGUUCAGUUAGCAGUAACCCUCUCCCUCUGUCAGAGACGUACUUUGGUCUCCCGCCGUUCAAUCAUUUCUUCAAGCUAAGCCCUCUGACCCUCCAAAGACCAGACGCUCUUCUAGAUGUGAGGAACACAGUACGACACGAACGAAACAUGUGUCUUGGGCUUCUGAGGUUGACCUUGAGGAAUGCCAGUAGGUGACAGGUUUUUCGACGAGAACACGGAGUCGUAGGAUGUAGAAUACGUUUAGAAAUACAGCGACAUUUUGUUUCUGACACUCAGCAUUACUGGUUUGAGGUCGGAGACAUCAUAGGCAAAAGCGUGAAUUUUAAAGUCCGUCUAAGGAUUGCCGCUUCCCCGGUCUUCGGUAUACAUAAUAAACAGUUCCGUAUGAUGACCCUCUAACUGAUUACUCUCACAUCGCCCCUACCCCGUUAUCCUCGUCGAACAGACAACUCCAAGCCAAAGUUUGGCCAAACUCGUGAUCGCAGCAGCGUUUGACGUUUCACCGUUCACCGCUUCAGCCGCAGUAAUCCAUACCCAAAAACAAUAGCUCUUCGGUCACCGAAACACAGCCUCAAAUCUCCCAACAUCUCCUCAUCAUGGCCAGAGACAGAUUAGCAGCGAUGCGGGCUCAACAACAACAACGAACGGAGGGCAACGACUCGUAUCCGUCUCAAUCAAAUGGACCCGCAUACGAAAUGUCUCCAGUUACACCCAAUUCUAAUGGGAACGUCGGAGGGGGCGACAGUAUGGCGUCUUUCUACGCCGAAGUAUCCUUUCUUCAAGACGGCAUACGAACAGUCAACGACAAUGUCGCACGUAUCGGCGACCUCCACUCUCGGACACUUAACAGCACAGACGACGCCGCCAAUCAAAGAAAUGCUGCUCAGCUGGAUGAACUUGUGGAAGAAACUAGGAAGCUGAUCUCGAAUUUGAAGACUAGAAUAAAGGCGUUGGAAAGUCAGGGUGCGUCGGGGAGAGAUGGGCAGAUUCGGAAACAGCAGACUGCACUUGUCAAGUCGAAAUUUGUUGAAGCUAUUCAGAAUUAUCAAACUGUCGAGCAGCAGUAUCGGACAAAGUACAAGCAGAGAAUGGAACGGCAGUUCAAGAUUGUAAAACCCGAUGCAACUGCUGAAGAAGUUCGAGCAGUGGUCAAUGACGAAAGCAGUGGUGGACAAAUCUUUCAGCAGGCGAUGAUGAACUCGGAUCGUUACGGUGAUUCCAGAGCAGCUUAUCGUGAAGUUCAGGAACGACACCAGGAGAUCAGGCAGAUAGAACAAACUCUGGCCGAGCUCGCGCAACUGUUCAAUGAUAUGAGCGUUCUUAUAGCGGAACAAGACGAAGCUAUCAAGACUAUUGAAACGCAAGCUACCAAAGUGGCGGAAGACACGGAAGCAGGUCUUAGGCACACGGAGAAAGGCGUUGAACACGCUCGUGCAGCGCGCAAAAAGCGAUGGAUAUGUUUCUUCCUCACAUUAAUCAUCCUCAUCAUUGUUGGCAUCGUCGUUGGUGUUGUUGUCAGUAAAGCGGUGAACAAGUGAGAAUCUUUGAUGGAUAUUGUUCUUUUCUGCAUAUCUUUUGGUUUUUGGUUUUUCCGCCUUUCUUUGUUCUUUAUCUUUACUUAUUGAAUAUCGCCUACUCGGACCGUUUUUUAUUGAGGAUGCUGGAGUAUGCACGACUUAGUCUACGUUAGAUCUAUGAUUUCAAUUUGUUCGUCUCUACUUAGUCAUGAUUUUCUGACCGUAUUGUUGGGAGAGAACGCAU